AACGGUCGAUGCGGCGGCGGCGGCCUCGAUGUGACGGCCGCAUCAAUUCGCCGCCCGGCGCGUCGCGGUCGCCAGAAUCUUUCCCCAUUUCGUUUCGCCCAGGAGCCAGAGGCGCGGGCGCCACUGGAGAGAGGGGAGGAGAUGCGAGAGGAGGUGAGGAGCUCGUCUGGGGCGGCGGCCGAGCCGCCGCUGGCCGUAGCCCGCUCCUCGUCGCCGCCGCACACCCCGGUGGCCAGUUCCGCUGGUGCCUCAUCGCCUGCUAUGCAAACUAACAUUGGCAGACAAGCUUCCAGAGUUGACUCGUCAUCACAAGUUGCUGCACAUGCCUAUCAUCCUUCCCACAGUUUUGAUGCUGCUGGAACUGCUAUGGAUUCUGCACCAUCAUGUAGACCAUGGGAACGUGGAGACUUACUUCGUCGACUGGCAACAUUUAAGCCUUCAACUUGGGCUUCCAAGCCAAAGGCGGCUAGUUCAAUGGCCUGUGCUCAAAGAGGUUGGGUGAACUUUGACCUGGACAAAAUUGAAUGUGAGUCAUGUGGCGCACAUCUUAUAUUCAAUGCAUUGAUGUCCUGGUCCCCGGUUGAAGUUGCAAAUGCUGGAGAAGCCUUUGCCGAGCAGCUUGAUGCCGCACACCAGAAUAGUUGUCCCUGGAGAGGCAAUAGCUGUGCUGACAGCUUGGUCCAGCUCCCCCUUACACAAUCAGCUCUUAUUGGAGGUUUUAAAGAUCGCUGUGAUGGGCUUUUACAGUUUACCUCUCUUCCUGUGAUCGCAUCAUCUGCAAUUGAGAACAUGAGGAUGACCAGGAGCACACAAAUUGACCGUCUAUUAUCCCAGUCAAUUACCUUUUUAUCUGGUGUGCUGGGUUGCAAAGCAGAGAGUACCGCAGGAGUUGAUACCCACCAAGAUUCCUCUUGUAGCUACUCUCAAGCGCAGAAGCUUAUAGGCCUGUGUGGAUGGGAGCCUAGGUGGCUUCCAAAUGUUCAAGACUGUGAAGAAAACUCCACUCAUUCAGCUAAAAAUGCACCCUCAGUUGGACCUGAUGAACCGUUUUAUCCCCAUUUUGUUGAACAUAACAAAAAUUCGUUUUCUGCAUCAGCAAAGAAAGAUAAGGGGAAAGGCAAACUCCCCCUUAGAGAUUCUGGAUGCAGCAUGAGGUCACCUCUGUUAGAUUGCAGCCUGUGUGGAGCUACAGCCAGAAUGUGGGACUUCAGGCCUGUGCUACGUCCUUCUCGUCUCAGUCCAAAUAACAUUGAUGUGCCUGAAACAGGCAGAAAGCUAACACUGACACGUGGGAUUAGUGCUGCCAGUGGGAUCAAUGAGUGGGUUAAUGAUGGGGUGGAAAGAGGUCAAGAUGAAGGGCGUGAUGAAGCAGCAACAAAUGAGGGGAAAUCACUAUCUAUUGUUGGAGUAGACCUAAACCUAACAAUGACUGGAGGAUUACCAUCACCACGAUCUGCCACACCUGCUGCAUCCGAGCGGUUCAAUAAUGGAGGAAUGGGAAGGGAUCUGAUGAUUGGACAACCUACAGGCAGUGAAGUAGGUGAUUGUGAGACCUCAUAUGAGUCCCGUGGUCCGAGUUCAAGGAAGCGUAACCUUGAGGAAGGUGGGAGCACAGCUGACAAUCCACAGGACAGGCUACAUCAUGCUGACAGCAUAGAAGGAAAUUAUAUUGAUCGUGAUGGUGAGGAAGUUGAUGAUGCCGCACAAGAUUCAGAUGUACCAAGUAAGAAGUCCCGUGGGUUUGAUCUGUUUGAUGCCUACCGUCCAUCUUCUGAAGCUGGCCCCAGUAGAAACUUGUCCUUUGACCCUGAUGUGGGUGCUGGUAUGUUCAGUCACUCUAGAGCUAUUGACUUGGCAGUUAUUGAGCAUCCGGCUGCUAGAGAUUCUACGAGGGCAUCUUCUGUUAUUGCAAUGGAUACUGUUCGUACUUCUGAGGAAGAUUCUAUGGAGAGUGUUGAGUAUUAUCCAGGUGAUGGUAAUGAUAUUGAUAUGCCUUCUUCUAGUGCACAUAGGAACAUUGAGAUGAAUGAUGCCUUGGAUCUUAACUAUAGCAAUCAGGCACAGCAAAGUGCUAAUGCACAUGCUGCUGCUGGAAGUGAUGCAAGAGAAAUAGGAGGGAGCAGUACAAAUGAGGGGGAGGAAGUGAUUAAUGCUGAAACUGCACCUGCUUUUGGAAGGGAUCAACUUAGUUUAGGAAUUAGCGGCGGAAGUGUUGGCAUGGGAGCUAGCCAUGAGGCUGAAAUUCAUGGAAAUGCUGCUUCUCUGCAUAGGGCUGACAGUGUUGUAGGUGAUGCUGAACCUAUUGCUGAACUUACUGAGACAAUGGGGCAGACUGGUGAAUUUGUACCUGAAGAAGUAAAUCGAGUAGAACCUCAUGGAGACAGUCAAGAUAUGGUGUCUCGGUCAGUGGGCCAAGCUGACAGUGGUUCGAAAAUAUAUGGCUGUACCAAAGCUGAUUCCGUUGAAAGUGGAGAAAAGAUGGGUCAUGCCACCGGUAUUGAAAGCAACAUGCGUCCUUCCCUUUCUUGCAACGCAGGGAUGUGUGCCGGUUUUGAUCCAUCUAAAGAUGACGUGACACAGGCUGGCAAAAUACUUACCACUGAUGAUGCAUUAAUGGGGCUAGAUUAUGAUCCUGGGAAUGGAUUAGGAGCUACUAAUGGAGAAAAUGACUAUGAAUCGGGUCUGCUGGAAUUUGAUCCUGUUAAGCAUCACAAUAGUUACUGUCCUUGGGUGAACGGAAUUGUUGCAGCGGCUUGCUGUAACAACAUUGGCUCCAGCUCAAGUAGUUCAGCACUCUCCGGUUGGCAGUUAACAAUAGAUGCACUUGACACGUUCCAUUCACUUGGUCAAGCUCAAAAUCAAAUAAUGCAAUCUGACUCAGCAGCUUCACUAUAUAUGGAUGACCAGAUAACUCAUAACCGCAAGCUAGGGAGAAGGCCUUCUGUGAGCAGAAGCUAUGGAAAAUGCUGAUCGGAACUCCUCUAGCCCAAGUGUUUCGUAGACACAAAUAACAUUCCAGAAGUUCCAGAUUGGUGUAACAGGAGAAACCAAAUAAUAUAGUCCAUCUAAGAUAGUCUCUUUAGGUUGUUGUCACCCAUUGGGCCGUCGCAUCAAUAUAUGUAAUUUAUUCCGAAAUAGCUGAUUCAACACAGUAUUCAUAUGACAGGAAUUUGCUCACGCAGUCUAUAUAUUUUAUGGCGAACUUGAACUUUACAUUCA